AUGGCUGACGAGGAGAUCAACUAUGAGAGCAACGCGGGGUUAGAUUCUAUUUUCUUCACCCGCCCCAAGGGCCCGAAUCCUCCGCCUACGCCGUAUCUUUACGUGGCAAACUGCGGUGCUGAGGCGGAGAUGACGUAUGCAGCCCUUGCUGACGUGUUCUCCUCCUUCGGCCACGUCCGCCGCGUCGUCCCGGCCGGCGCCGCCAAUCUCACCCGCAUUUUUGUCGUUUUCGGCGGGCGCUCGCGCGCUGAGGCCUCCGCUGCGGCGGAAGCUGCACUGCAGGCGCUGAGCGGAAAGCCGUGCGCGGACGCGGGCGGUAGGAAGAUGCACAUCCAGUUCGCCGUGGGGAAGCGAUCCGCGCCGGUGGAGCAUCCGGUGGUACACCACAAUGUUGACGCGCUCGCUAUACCGGGGCUGUUCCUGCACCUCGAUUUUGUCACACCCGAGAUGGAACAGACACGAGACAUCGAGAAAGACAAGUGGAUCGGCCCGCUACCCGCAGCAGUGUCGGAUUUUGUUUCGCGGGCAGAACAGCUGCCCGAGCUCACGGGCUGCCCGGAAGUUUGCAUGCCGCUGGACCAACUAACGGAAGGUAGGGGUGGGCCUGGGGAAGAAAACGCUGCUCCUUCUACCUCCCCCCUUCUCCCCUUCUUCUCCCUCUCCCCUUACGCCACAGAUCAACGAAUCAACGAGUACGGGACAGGGGUGGGCCUGGCACCGCACAUCGACACGCAUGCUGCAUUCGAGGGUGCUGUUCUCUCCCUCUCCCUGGCUGGCCCAGCGAUUAUGGAGUUCAGGAGACCCCUCGGGCCGCAACCCGUGGGGAAACAACCACUGGGGAAGAAAAAGGUUGUUGGUGGGAGCAGUGGGAGCAGUGAACAGGGUGUGGGGAGGGAGGCCCGAUACGCGUGGUCUCACUACAUUCCCAACCACAAGAUCGACCACAUCAACGGUCAGGUUUUCCCGCGCGCCCCCCGCCGCGUUUCUUACACCUUCCGGAGGGUUCGGUUUGGCCCGUGCGGGUGUGCUUACCCUGAGUUCUGUGAUGCUCCCAGAAUGGAAAGUGUUGCCGGAAAUGGAAAAGUGUCGACUGAUAGGGACAGGGCAGCGGGAAGUGAGGGAAUGUUGGUGGAGGGAUCGGGAGCAGAGAAAUUGCUUGUGAAGCAGAAGGGACGUGAGGGGAUGAGGGAGAGAGUGGGAGAUGGGUGUUGUGGAGGGAGUGUGGUGACACACUCACACGAAGGGGUGGCAGAGUGUGGGGAGGAGGGGGAGAAGGGAAAGAAGGAAGAGCAGAGAAUGGGAGGAGGGAACGAUGGGGAACCUGUGAUGACGCACUCGCAUGAAGGAGUGGAGGAGCGCGCAGAGGAGGAAAGGGCAGAGAGGGAGGAUGGGAAAGAGAGCUCCAUCCCCCCUCAUGUUGAUCCUCCGAACCUUCUCUACUCUCCUCAAACCACCCCAGCAGUAGAGCGAGACUUUGUGCACAAGGUAUACGACGCCAUAGCGCCGCAUUUCAGCGCGACACGUUUCGCGCGCUGGCCCAAGGUAGCAGAGUUCCUGCUCUCCCUCCCACCGGGCUCCCUUGUCCUCGACGCCGGGUGUGGCAACGGGAAGUACCUCAAUGGUGGGUUGCCCAUCCCGCCUGCUCUCCCUUCCGCUGCCUCUGUGUCUGUCUCUGCGUCUUCCUCUUUGUCAAUGCGCACUUCCUCCUCCCCGUUCCCUUCCUCGUCCUCCACUCCUUCCUCCUCCACCCCCUUCCCUCCCUCCUCCUCCCCUUCCUCCGCCCCUACCCGCCCACCGGCCGUUCUGAUUGGCUGCGACAUCAGCCCGCCUCUCGUCUCCAUCUGCACCCAACGGGGCUUCGAGGCCUUUGUAGCCGAUACCCUCUCGCUCCCCCUCGCUUCCUCGCGCUUCGACGCGGCGAUUUCCGUGGCCGUUUUGCACCACUUGUCGUCUGAAACCCGGCGGAAACACGCGCUAAGAGAGAUGCUUAGGGUGGUGAGGAAGGGGGGUAGGGUGCUGGUGACUGUGUGGGCGAGGGAGCAGGAGAAUCCGGGGUUGCUUGACAAGUGGACGCCGCUGAUUGGCCGGAUGGCGGAUAAGUGGGUGGGGGAUGUGGAGGCGGGCGGAGGGGAGGAGAAGGGAGGGGAGAGGGAAGGGAGGGCGGGAGGAGGACUGGGGGGGAUCGAGGAGGAAAGAGAGACCAGUAACGAGGAGAAUGCGUGUCCAAGGAGGGGCUCAGCUGGAAAAGAGGUUCCAGGAGAAAAGGGAGCAACAGCAGGGGAAGGGAUGAGUGAGGAGAGUGCAGCUGGGGGCAGUGGGGAAAAGAACCCAAACCCAGAACUUGGAAGGGGAGGGUCGGGGGAAGAAAGGACAGGAGAGUCUGAGCAAGGGAAAGUGACAGGAGAGGAAGCUUCCCAGGAGUUUCUGGUCCCGUGGCACCUGCCAUGUCAUCGAGUGGAGAUAGGCUCGGCAGCAGCUGCACAGCAUGUAGCCUCGGGAUUUGCUCGGCGCGAUGAAGCGAAGGGGUCGGUGGUGUACAACCGAUAUUAUUAUGUUUUCACUCAAGGAGAGCUGGAGAGGCUCAUCACAGAGAUUGGUGGUGCAUCAAUUGUUGAGAGCUUUUACGACAAAUCCAAUUGGUGUGUGAUAAUGGAGAAGCUCUAG